UCUAACACUUGUUGCCUGGCCGCGCUUUGAGUCGGACGUGUUUUCGCUGGCGUUUUUCCGCGUCGGUCCGCCUUAUCUGCGCUGCGCUGGCACUUCGUUGGAGAAAGGGGGAAUCGGAGGAGCACUACACGACUUCGUGCAUGACGCGGCGCCCUGGAAAAUUGCAUUUUCAUACGGUUCGAGCCGCUAAUUUAUCGCCGAAAUGAUGGCUAAUUUAUUGGCCUGAAUGCGGUGUGGUGGGCGUGUGUGAGUGUUAGUGUAAAAGUGGCUGGAAAAGUGCGAACAAAUCGAAAUCGAAAUCGAGUUGCGCGUUUUGUUUGCCUUUCGCCGUCGCUGCGCUGCGACUGCGCUGCCGGGGGGUGGGUGACGUUAACGGGAUCGCGGGGGCGGGAAAGCCAAUUGUUGACGUUGUUUCGCGUUUCUUGUCUCUUUCGGUUAACCGGAAUUGUUUGUCGCGUGUUUUUUACGGCUCAGUCUUAUUGACAAGCCAGCCUCUGCCGACGUCGCUGCCUCUGCCGACGUCACUGCCCGGCAUUGUUAUUGUUAUUGUGUGCGCGGUUUCUGCCUCUUCUCCUUUUUCGCCGUAUUCCCCACUUAUUAUUAUUCUCUUUUCUGCGGCUAAGUGCGCGCACUCAAGGUGAAAAUAUAUUAAGUUCUUUCGAGUGGCCCCCCGAGUGUUUGCAUUUGAAUAAAAUAAAUAUAAAGUCAAAUUCGAUUUACGAUCGUCGUCUAUCGGCAGCGGAUGAUUAAUCCCUGGGCAGGGGCAACAUUUCGGAUACGUAAUCCCGGUUCGGAUACUCUCUGCGGACAUAGCGAGGACAACAAAUCAUUGCAAUUAACUCGCGUAACCGACUGCGUGUUUUCAACAAUAGCUGCCAGCUCAGAAACAGCAGCAACAGGAGCAGCCACGUGGGUAGCAUCGGGCGGAGGCCCAUUGUUGCGCCACCCGGCGGCAGCCACUCCACACACUCGGGGCCCCCGACCCACAUUCACAUCCACAUCCAGUCCUCACCUCAAUCCUCUCGAGCCCUAACCCACAGAAGGCCGCAGACAUGGGCGACAACAUAAUUGGCUCGGCAAGCUUCCUGCACUUGGGCGACAUUGUGUCCCUGUACGCGGAGGGCAGUGUUUGCGGUUUCUUGAGCACUCUCGGCUUGGUCGAUGAUCGCACAGUUGUGUGCCCCGAGGCGGGAGACCUCAGCUGUCCGCCCAAAAAGUUUAGGGACUGUCUCAUCAAGAUAUGUCCCAUGAAUCGAUACUCCGCCCAGAAGCAAUUCUGGAAGGCAGCUAAGCAAUCGGCCAGUUCCAAUACAGAUCCCAAUCUGCUCAAGCGCUUGCACCACGCGGCGGAGAUCGAGAAGAAACAGAAUGAAACGGAGAACAAAAAGCUGCUGGGAACCUCAAUCCAAUACGGACGGGCGGUGGUGCAGCUGCUGCAUCUGAAGUCCAACAAAUAUCUGACGGUCAACAAGCGGCUGCCGUCGCUGCUGGAGAAGAACGCCAUGCGGGUGUACCUGGACGCCAAUGGCAACGAGGGCUCCUGGUUCUACAUCAAGCCGUUCUACAAGCUGCGCUCCAUCGGCGACUACGUGGUGGUGGGCGACAAGGUGAUCCUCAGUCCGGUCAACGCCGACCAGCAGAACCUCCACGUGGCGGCCAACUACGAGCUGCCCGACAACCCCGGCUGCAAGGAGGUAAACGUCCUCAACUCGUCCACCUCGUGGAAGAUCUCGCUGUUCAUGGAGCACAAGGAGAACCAGGAGCACAUCCUCAAGGGCGGCGACGUGGUGAGGCUCUUCCACGCCGAGCAGGAGAAGUUCCUCACAAUGGACGAGUACAGGAAGCAGUACCACGUCUUCCUGCGCACCACCGGACGCACCAGCGCCACGGCGGCCACCAGCAGCAAGGCCCUCUGGGAGAUCGAGGUGGUCCAGCACGACUCCUGCCGCGGCGGCGCCGGCGACUGGAACUCCCUCUACCGCUUCAAGCACCUGGCCACGGGCCACUACCUGGCAGCCGAGGCGGAGCUGGAUGUGGCGACUGCGGCAGCUGGAGCCCCCUCCACAUCCGGCCACGAGCUGCUCCUGGGGGACUGCAGCAAGGACUCGGGCCUCAGCUGCUCCACCAUGAACUCCACCCUAAAUGACAAGCCCAAGGGCAAGCAGUACCGCCUGGUGUCCGUGCCGUACUCCGCGGACAUUGCCUCGGUGUUCGUCCUGGAUGCCACCACGAUGGCUCGGCCGGACAGUUUGGUGCCGCAGUCGAGCUACGUGCGCCUGCAGCACAUUUGCUCCAACACGUGGGUGCAUGCCACCUCCAUACCCAUCGACGCGGACGACGACAAGCCGGUGAUGUCCAUGGUCUGCUGCUCGCCCAUCAAGGAGGACAAGGAGGCCUUCGCCCUGAUCCCCGUCUCGCCGGUGGAGGUGCGCGACCUGGACUUCGCCAACGACGCCUGCAAAGUGCUGGCCACGGUGACCAGCAAGUUGGACAACGGCAGCAUCUCCAUCAACGAGCGGCGGGCGCUGAUAUCGCUGCUGCAGGACAUAGUCUACUUCAUAGCCGGCAUGGAGAACGAGCCGAACAAAACCAAGGCGCUGGAGUUCACCAUAAAGAACCCCAUCAGGGAUCGGCAGAAGUUGCUGCGCGAGCAGUACAUACUCAAGCAGCUGUUCAAGAUCCUGCAGGGGCCGUUCCAGGAGCACACGGCCGGCGACGGUCCGUUCCUGCGGCUGGACGAGCUGAGCGACCCGAAGAACAGUCCCUACAAGAACAUCUUCCGGCUGUGCUACCGCAUCCUGCGGCUGUCGCAACAGGACUAUCGCAAGAACCAGGAGUACAUAGCCAAACACUUCGGCCUGAUGCAGAAGCAGAUCGGCUACGACAUCCUGGCGGAGGACACCAUCACGGCGCUGCUGCACAACAACCGCAAGCUGCUGGAGAAGCACAUCACCGCCGCCGAGAUCGAGACGUUCGUCGGCCUGGUGCGCAAGAACAUGCACAACUGGGACUCCCGCUUCCUCGACUACCUCUCCGACCUGUGCGUGUCCAACCGCAAGGCCAUCGCCGUCACCCAGGAGCUGAUCUGCAAGAGCGUGCUCAGCGACAAGAACAAGGAUAUACUGAUCGAGACGCAGGUGAAAGCCCUGCGCACCGGAUCCGCCUCGGCGCGCUGCUACAAGGGCGCCUCCGAGGACGUGUGUCUGGCCACCCUGGCCGAGGUGGCCGGCGACGACGAGGACCGCUCGGACGUGCAGUCCGCCUCCACCACGACCACGUGGGACAGUGCCAGCCUGAACGAGGACGAGGACAGCAUCUCGACGGCGGACAAGUACGAAAUUCACCUGAAGUGGACAGGACAACCGACAUCCCGGUCCAUGGCUGAUUUGGCCAACUGUGAUGGAGGCGAACUAGAAGCAGCCAUUCUGAACUACUAUCGCCACCAGUUGAAUCUGUUCUCCAACAUGUGCCUCAAUCGACAGUACUUGGCCCUAAACGAGCUCUCUCCUCGCUUGGAUAUUGAUUUGAUUCUGAAAUGCAUGUCCGAUGAGACAAUGCCCUAUGAGCUGCGAGCCUCAUUCUGUCGGCUGAUGCUGCAUCUCCACGUGGAUCGCGAUCCCCAGGAGCCAGUUACUCCCGUAAAGUAUGCUCGCCUCUGGAGCGAAAUACCCUCUAAAAUGUCAAUCAUGGACUAUGAUGGCAAGAACCAGCAGCCUGACCAAAACAAACAAGCCUGUCGGGCCAAGUUCAACACGACCAUCGCCUUUGUGGAGAACUAUCUGUGCAAUGUGGCCACCAAGGUGUGGCUCUUCACCGAUCAGGAGCAAAACAAACUCACCUUUGAGGUCGUUAAACUGGCCAGGGACUUAAUAUACUUCGGCUUCUACAGCUUCAGUGAUCUUUUGAGACUCACCAAGACGCUUCUUUCGAUUCUGGACUGCGUAUCCGAUACCUCAUCGGGGGCCUUUGCCAGCACGGAUAUGGACUCUGUCAACGAGGAGACAAGCACAGAGGCCGAGGGCGGGGUUCUGCGCUCCAUUGGUGAUAUAAACACGGUGAUGACAUCGCUGGCCCUGGGUUCGGUGGGCCAGGCCAUUGCUGCCCCCAGCAUCUCCCUGCAGCAGCGAAAGUCCGUCUCCCAGUUGAUGAAGGAGUAUCCGCUGGUGAUGGACACCAAGCUGAAGAUCAUCGAGAUACUGCAGUUCAUUUUGGACGUGCGUCUGGACUACCGCAUCAGCUGUCUGCUCUCCAUCUUCAAGCGGGAGUUCGACGAGUCCGAGGUGGCCGCCUCGGCAGCCCAAGACGAGGCGAGUCAGCCGCUGAUCCAGCCGCAGUCUCAGCCCCAGACGCCUGGCAGCGCCAACGAGUCCGAUCCCCUGGAGAAUUCGGAGUCCGUGGCAGCUGCCGCAGCAGCAGCCGCCGCCGCCACAGCUGCCCGGCAGAAGAACAUCGACCUGGAGUCCAUCGGGGUGCAGGCGGAGGGCAUCUUCGACUGCGAGCGCAGCGAUGCGGCCAACCUGGACCUGGAUGGCCAGGGCGGACGCACUUUUCUGCGCGUCCUCCUCCAUUUGAUCAUGCACGACUAUGCGCCACUGGUCUCGGGUGCCCUGCACCUGCUCUUCCGGCACUUCAGCCAGCGCCAGGAGGUCCUCCAAGCCUUCCGACAGGUGCAACUCCUGGUGUCCGACAGCGACGUGGAGUCGUACAAGCAGAUCAAGUCCGACCUGGACAUCCUCCGGCAGAGCGUGGAGAAGUCGGAGCUGUGGGUGUACAAGGCCAAGGCCACGGACGAGCUGGGUGCCACCGAUGCAGCCGGAGACGCCGUCAACGUGGAGUACAAUGCCGCCCUGUCCCAGGAGCAGCGAAACGAGUACCGCAAGGUCAAGGAGAUCCUCAUCCGCAUGAACAAGUUCUGCGUGACCGCCUCCGGUUCCGGUUCGGUGGUCAAGCCGCGAAAGCACGAACAGCGCCUGCUGCGCAACGUCGGCGUCCACACCGUCGUCCUCGAUCUCCUCCAGAAUCCGUACGACGAGAAGGACGACGAGCUGAUGAAGGAGCUGAUGUGCCUGGCGCACGAGUUCCUGCAGAACUUCUGCCUCGGCAACCAGCAGAACCAGGCCCUGCUGCACAACCAUCUCGAUCUGUUCCUGAAUCCCGGGAUCCUGGAGGCGAAGACCGUGUGCGCCAUCUUCAAGGACAACCUGGCGCUGUGCAACGAGGUGACGGACAAGGUGGUGCAGCACUUUGUCCACUGCAUCGAGAUCCACGGGCGGCACGUGGCCUACCUGCAGUUCCUGCAGACGAUCGUGCGGGCGGAGAACCAGUUCAUCCGGCGCUGCCAGGACAUGGUCAUGCAGGAGCUGAUCAACUCCGGCGAGGACGUGCUGGUCUUCUACAACGACAAGGGCUCGUUCAACCACUUCGUGCAGAUGAUGCAGCAGCAGAUGCUGCGCGUGGAGAAGCUGGGCGACGACAGUCCGCUGAAGUACCACGUGGAACUGGUGAAGCUGCUGGCCUGCUGCACCAUGGGCAAGAACGUCUACACGGAGAUCAAGUGCAACAACCUACUCUCGCUGGACGACAUCGUGACGAUCAUCUGCCACCCGCUCUGCAUGCCCGAGGUGAAGGAGGCCUACGUGGACUUCCUCAACCACUGCUACAUCGACACGGAGGUGGAGAUGAAGGAGAUCUACGCCUCCGGCCACAUGUGGAGCCUGUUCGAGAAGAGCGUGCUGGUGGACAUCAACCAGCUGGUGACCAAUGCCACCGCCGCCAGCAACAAGACGCUGCAGGCCUACGUGCUGAACGGAGUGACCAAUCUGCUGGGCAGCUUCUUCGCCAGUCCCUUCUCCGACCAGAGCGCCAUCGUCCAGUCCCGCCAGCUGAUCUUCGUGCAGCUGCUCCAGGCCGCCCACCGGCUCACCCAGUGCCGCUGGCUGUCGCUGGGCGACCGCUUCAACGUGGAGAACUGCAUCCGCACGCUGACCGAGUCGGCCAAGAUGCGCAGCAUCGCGCUGCCGCCGGAGCUGGAGCAGCAGGUGGCCACCAUGUCCAGCAAGACGGCCAUGCUGACGCGCCAAACGACCAAGUGGCUGCUGGCCUCCAAGCAGCCCAAGUACGAGGCCCACCAGUCGGCCAGUCUGAUGCGCUGGGACCGCUCCAUCAUCGAGGGCCUGCAGGACAUAGUGUCGCUGCUGGAGGACCAGCUCAAGCCGGUGGUGGAGGCGGAGCUCUCACUGCUGGUGGACAUCCUCUACCGCUCGGAGCUGCUCUUUCCCGCCGGCACGGAGGCGCGCAAGCGCUGCGAGAGCGGCGGCUUCAUCCGCAAGCUGAUCAAGCACACCGAGAAGCUGCUGGAGGAGAAGGAGGAGCGCAUGUGCGUCAAGGUGCUGCGCACGCUGCGCGAGAUGAUGGCCAUCGACGUGAACUACGGCGAGAAGGGCGACGCCCUGCGUCAGACGCUGCUGCUGCGCUACUUCCAGAGCAAGAGCACGCCCAGGCUGCCGGAGGAGGAGCUCCCACUGCCGCUGCGGGCCGCUCCCCUGGUCGAUCCCGCCAAGCAGCACCACCUGGUUACGCACGGCCCGGGGGCCAAGUACCUGCAGCGGGCGGGCAAGACGCUGCACGAGAUGCAAAACCAUCUGGACAGAGAGGGGGCCUCCGAUCUGGUCGUGGAGCUGGUCAUCAAGUCCGUGCACUCGCCCAACAUCUUCGUGGAGGCCGUGGAGCUGGGCAUUGCGCUGCUGGAGGGCGGCAACCCCAUCAUCCAGAAGGGCAUGUUCCAGAAGUUUCUCAGCGACGACCUCAACCAGGCCUUCUUCAAGGUCUUCUUCGAGAAGAUGAAGGACGCGCAGCAGGAGAUCAAGUCCACCGUGACGGUGAACACCACGGACAUCGCGGCCAAGGCGCACGAGCACAAGCAGGACACCAGCCUGGAGCUGGACAAGAUCUCGCGCAAGCACGGCCUCAAGAGCAACGGCGUGGUCAUCACGGAGGAGCUCAAGCGGGAGCUGCACAACGCCGGACUGGCCACCGCCCGGGCCUACGGCAAUGCCCGCAACAUCCACUCCGGCGAGGAGAGCUCGGCGAUCAGCGUGAACAGCCCGCUGGAGGACAUACUGGCCGAGAAACUGGAGAAGCACAAGGAUAGCCGCGAGCAGCGCAACCAGCUGUCCAACAAGGUGCUCGUGAUGCAGCCCAUCCUGCGCUUCCUGCAGCUGCUCUGCGAGAACCACAACCCGGACAUGCAGAACCUGCUGCGCAACCAGAACAACAAGACGAACAACAACCUCGUCUCGGAGACGCUCAUGUUCCUCGACUGCAUCUGCGGCUCGACCACCGGCGGCCUGGGCCUGCUGGGCCUUUACAUCAACGAGCACAACGUGGCCCUGAUCAACCAGACGCUGGAGGCCCUCACGGAGUACUGCCAGGGUCCGUGCCACGAGAACCAGAACUGCAUUGCCACGCACGAGUCCAACGGGCUGGACAUCAUCACGGCGCUCAUCCUGAACAACAUCAAUCCGCUGGGCGAGAACCGCAUGGACCUUGUGCUGGAGCUGAAGAACAACGCCUCCAAGCUGCUGCUGGCCAUCAUGGAGAGUCGCGGCGACAGCGAGAACGCGGAGCGCAUCCUGUACAACAUGAAUCCCAAGCAGCUGGUGGAGGUGGCCUGCAAGGCCUACCACCAGGAGGAGCUGAUCGACGAGCAGGACGACGGGGACGAGCCGGACGCCGGCUCGGACGACGACGAUGCCACCGUGAGUCCCCGCGAGGUGGGCCACAACAUCUACAUCCUGUGCCACCAGCUGGCGCAGCACAACAAGGAACUGGCCGGCCUGCUCAAGGCCUCCGAGGAUCCGCAGUCGGCCAGCUUCGACGCCAAGACCAGUCAGGCCCUGAUGUACUACGCCACGCACACCGCCCAGAUCGAGAUUGUUCGCAACGAUCGCACGCUGGAGCAGAUUGUCUUUCCCAUUCCCGAGAUCUGUGAAUACCUGACCACGGACACCAAAAUUAAAAUCCUCAACACCGCCGAACGGGAUGACCAGGGCUCCAAGGUGGCCGACUUCUUCGACAAGGCUGAGGAAAUGUUCAACGAGAUGAAAUGGCAAAAGAAGCUAAGGAGCCAACCACUACUGUUUUGGAUUAGCAGCUAUAUGUCCCUGUGGAGCAACAUACUGUUUAAUUGUGUGGUUGUCAUCAACAUGAUUGUCGCCUUCUUCUAUCCCUUUGAUAAUACUGUACCAGAGCUCAGUUCGCACAUAUCUUUGUUAUUCUGGAUCAUAACGAUAUUCUCGCUGGUGAUUGUGAUAACGCUGCCCCGUGAGUCUGGAAUUAGAACGUUUAUCGGGUCCGUAAUCCUACGCUUUAUCUUUCUACUGGGACCGGAGUCAACCCUUUGCUUACUGGGAGUGGUCACGGUCACUCUCAAAAGCGUUCACAUAGUGAGCAUAAUGGGAAACAAGGGCACCUUGGAGAAGAAACUGUUUAAAAUCAUAACUGACUUUCAGUUACUUUACCACUGCAUUUACAUAGCAUUUUGCUUUUGUGGCCUAAUCUUUCAUCCCUUUUUCUACUCGUUGCUGGUGACUUUUGAUGUGGUCUAUCGAGAGGAGACGCUGGUCAAUGUGAUCCGAUCGGUGACACGCAAUGGACGCUCCAUUGUCUUGACAGCUGUGCUGGCUCUGAUCUUGGUCUACCUCUUCUCCAUCAUUGGCUACAUGUUUUUCAAGGAUGAUUUUCUGGUCAGCGUGGACCCUGAGGAGCAUGACAAUGCAUUGCCGUCGGCUGUGCCCUUGACCAUAUCCGUACCUGUGACGGGAGAAGCCUGUGCGGCCCCAGAUGAUCUGGGCAACUGUUCGGGGACGAAAGAUGUGGCACCACCGAGUGGUGGAGGUGGUGAUGGAAAGGAGCGGUCCUGCGACUCGCUUGUCAUGUGCAUCGUGACCACACUUAAUCAGGGCUUGCGAAAUGGCGGUGGCAUUGGCGACAUACUCAGGGCUCCUUCAAGCAAGGAGGGUUUGUUCGUGGCUCGUGUCAUUUACGACCUGCUCUUCUUCUUUAUAGUCAUCAUUAUUGUUCUGAACCUCAUAUUCGGUGUCAUCAUCGAUACAUUCGCCGAUCUGAGAUCGGAGAAGCAGCAGAAGGAGGCCAUCCUGAAGACGACCUGCUUCAUCUGCUCCCUCAAUCGAUCGGCCUUCGACAACAAGACGGUCAGCUUCGAGGAGCACAUCAAAAGCGAGCACAACAUGUGGCACUAUCUGUACUUCAUCGUCCUGGUAAAGGUCAAGGACCCCACCGAGUUCACUGGCCCCGAAAGCUAUGUGUACGCGAUGGUGAAGGCCGGCAUCCUGGAGUGGUUCCCCCGUCUGCGCGCCAUGUCGCUGGCGGCCGUGGAUGCCGAUGGAGAGCAGAUCGAGUUGCGCAGCAUGCAGGCGCAGCUCCUGGACACGCAGCUGCUCAUAAAGAACCUGUCCACCCAGCUGCACGAACUCAAGGACCACAUGACGGAGCAGCGGAAACAGAAGCAGCGGUUGGGAUUGCUCAACACAACGGCACACAGCCUCCUGCCGUUUCAGUGAGGCUGUUAGAAAUAGAAUAGAAUACUAGUUUUGGCACUUCAUUUUGGCUAACAUUCCCUGUGCACCAGCGUAAUUGUAAACCCAAAAGUAUUGGCAAAAAUCAUUCUCAAUGUAUUCACUUCGGGGGCGAACACGAUCGAACCCAAAAACGGUUGAAUACCCCGAGUAAGUACCAAAAAUCAUUCUGUAUUAGAUUCGAAUUCCAAAAGCCACAUACAAAUUUGCUCAAAUAAUGUCCCGCGGGACUGAAUUCUAAAACUUUAACCAAUUGAGUACAUUAAUAUGUAGUAAACUCACUCAGAGAACUUAGGGCUGUUAACAUGUUAAUUAGUGGGCGUGUUAAGCUUUUUUCACAACCUAAAAGUGUUUACCUUACCUCUGCUCGAUGACUUUGUAAUACCUGAAUCUAGAAUCUAGACCUAUGUAGUUAACUUGAAAAUGUUCGCAGAGCGACUCUUAUACAAUUUUCGAAAACGUUUUACGCUGUCUUAUAUUAAAUAUAUUAUUUAAUUGUUAAUACGGUAUGAAUAUUUUUUGAUAAGUUUCAUUACAAGUAGAACUCGAUUUGCAGAAAAAAAUAAUUAUUGUGAUUGCCCUUUUCUAUAUUGACUUCGUUUUUAUUUCUGAAUGGUUUACUUAGUGCUCGAAACGAGUUGUGUUGGUUAAAUUCAUUUUAAGCUAACAGUUAAAGUAUCCUAAGUGAAACUACACUAUGUUUAAGUGAAACUUUAUAUCUUUACAAUUAAAUGGAAAUAUAUCUUUUAAAUAAAUACUAUCAAAUU